AUGCAGCAGCAAAAAGAGAGAGUUGGCGAGGCCGCGGGCUCCAGAGGCGCCGGCGCCUUGGCUGCAGGUGCCGGGGCCUCUCCGACCGCAGGCUCCCAGACGAGUAGCGAAGAGUUCGAGAGUGAAGAACAGGAGUUUUCUGACAUGACUGGGACGAGUGAAUUGGAAGAUAUGAGCUGGGUCGAGUGGUUCUGCACGUUGAAGGGCAACGAAUUGUUUGUCGUCGUGGACGACGACUUCAUUCGGGAUGACUUCAACUUGACAGGUCUCGCGAGUCAGGUGCCUCUCUUUGAUGAGGCCCUAGACAUUGUGCUGGACAACGAGCAAUCCGAAGACGAAGACGACGAAGAAGAACAGAGAAAGUCGGCAAUGGCUGAACAGGCUGCAGAGCUUCUUUACGGCCUCGUGCAUGCAAGGUUCUUGGCCACUGCUCGAGGCCUGCAACUUCUGCAACAGAAAUACGCGCAAAAGCAGUUCGGCGUCUGUCCUAACAGUGCAUGCGAAGGCUGGGCGCUUCUCCCCACAGCUUUGACUGAUACGCCGAACAAGCACACUGCGAAAGUUUACUGCGCGAAAUGCUGUGAGCUGUACCACCCUCCCAAGGGAAGUCGCCUGAACCAUUUGGACGGCGCCUAUUUCGGCACUUCGAUUGCGCAGAUCUUCCACAUGCAGUUUCCCUUCCUUCUGCCGACCGCGAGGAGCAGCACUGUCUCGCCGCCGCCGUACUACGUCCCGACAGUGUACGGCUUCAAAGUCUCUCCUCAGGUCAAGACGCGUCUCCGGGUGCAGCAGGUUCCGCGAAUGAUCCACCAGGCCCGCCAGCGAGCUGAAGAAGAGCGCGAGGCUCUCUUGGGAAGCCCCGCCGCAGCCGCUGCCGCUGCGGGCAUUUCCAGCGCUGCAGAUGCCGCUGCACAAGCUGCUGCCGCGGGCGAAGCGGGGCGACGGUGA